AUGGAGAAGCCGCCAAGCCAGAGCACAGUCGGUGGUAAACCUAUUACUACAUUUGUGCAAACAGACACAAAGGCCUUUCGUGAUGUUGUUCAGCGGUUAACAGGCUCAUCAGAGGGUGAUGCAGCAGAAGGAACAGCAGGAGCAGCAACAAAGAUUGCAGGCAUAAAGAGAUCAACACCUAAACUCCAUGAAAGAAGGCAGAACCUAAGGCCCAAGCUAGAGAUAGUGAAGCCCCCUCUUAACUUCAAACCUAGUACAUCGCCAACAACAUCGGGUAAUCAGAGUCUUCUUCCAAGUCCUGCAGGAACCCCUUCGUUCAUGUUCUCCCCUUCCACCAUUUUAUCAAAACUGUCAAUCCAAGAACAGGAGAGCAGAGGAGAGUCAGCAAUAUCUGACUUAAAUAACGAGGAAGAAGAGAAAGCCAUUAAAGAGAGGCGAUUUUACCUGCAUCCAUCACCACGGUCUAAACCUGGUUACACUGAACCAGAGUUGCUCGCCUUGUUUCCUUUAACAUCCCCCCAAGCAAGUCAUGCGAAGUAAAGGACGUUGUGUUAACUGUUACCAUAAACAGAUGUAAUCGUUUUUGAAAAAGCACCAAGUACUGUAAUGGUAUUGUUCUUAUAA